AUGGGCGGCGUAAAGCCAGUGGUGAACCUCACGGUCUGUUCUGCGGGCGGCGCCGGGCGCGGGUCGACAUGGUCGCCGUGGAUGUCGCUUUCCUCAGUCGCGUUCGAGAAGCAGGAUCCCGAUCGCUGGUUCGCGGAGCUCGAGCUGUCGGGCGUGCCCGGGGCGCCCUUUCACGGCGCGCCCAUGAUCCCGGUGACGCACCAGAGCGCAAUCUUCGGGCACUCCUCCGUCAAGCAAAACGCCCACAACCGGGAGCGCGGGGUUUGCGACCUGUGGUACGACCCAGGCACGACGCUCGUAGCCCUCAACAAGGUGGACGCGGCCCUCAAGCUCGCCGCGCUCUCUUCGCAUCGGGGCUCUCACAGCAGACUGAAGGUUCACGGGGCCGACUACAGUGUACAGCGGGGAGGAGUGGAUGCUACCGGCCGCCAGCGGCGAGCCGUGGCCGAGCUUGCGAGCUGGGUGUGGAACCGGUGCCUGCGGCGCAGCGCGAUGGCGCGCGAGCGCUACAGGAGCGCGCUCAACACGUCGAACCGCGCCCUGUCGGAGCUGCUCUCGAGGGCGGCCGCCGGCCCUUUCCCGCUCGACCGGGAGACAGGGCGGACUGCCCGAUCUCCCGCCUUCCAGUACGCGCACGCCCUCGGCAGGGGAGCGUGUGUGGGCGAGUGCGCGCGGCAGGAGGUUGCGGCCUGCCUGUGGCUCUUCGAGUUCCUCGACCCGUUUCUGAUCGCGCGUGGCCGCGCGCUCGGACUGCGCUCUCUUCAGCUGCUGCAGUCGCCGCACGCGGGGUGGGCCGUCGAGAUCCUCGACCUCGCUUCUGCCGACCGGCUCGCCACCGAGGCCGAGCGCGAGCCCGGCGCGCUCUUGGAGCGGCUGCGUGGUGCGGACGGGGAGGUGGCUAUGUGCGGUGGAGGCUGCGAGCGUGGCCAUGCGGACACUCCGCCGCCGCUGCUCGCGGCAGUGGAGUACGUACGAAGAGAGGCCACCUACACGUACCGCGAGAUCCGAGUCGGCGAGUCCGAGUGGGAGUGCACACUCCAGAUACCAGAAGCUUUGCCUCUGACCGCCACCGUUCCCAGGCUGCCUAAUGGGAUGGUAAGGAAGGCUGGGCGAGCGUAUAGAAGCGUGCUCGACCUCGUCGUGGCAACCUGUCCGGCAGCGCUGGUACUGUAG